CAGUCGCGAGCAUAUACCCGGUGUUACCCGAAGUCUCGUGCACACACACGCACACACACACACGCGCGCGCGCGCGCGUUAACAGUGCACAGGUGUCGACUCAUUCGCACGCAGUGUUUUCAACGAGCACGCCUGUCAUACAUGGGUUAUGGAUAGCAGCAUGUCGACCGCGGCCUACGUUCAUCAUCGAGCCGGGUCGAGCGGCGGUUCAUGCGGCUCGAGCACAGCGAUGCCGCAGCAACAGCAACAACAGCAACCACCACCGCAUCCCGUAAAUGGCAAUGGCGGCGGCGGUGGUGGUGGAAGUCGAAUGGCAGUUAUCGGUGUAACGAGGAAUGUGAAACUACGCAGACGCGGUGCUGCGGGUUUUGGCUUCUCGCUUCGUGGCGGUCGAGAAUAUGCCGCUGGAUUCUACGUCAGCGACGUUGUACCUGGCGGCGAAGCUCACAGUCAUGGACUCAGGGUAGGAGAUCAAAUUCUUCGGGUGAAUGGUUAUCCAGUGGAAGACGCAGUCCACCAAGAGGUAGCACUCUUAGCCAAGAACCAGCAAGUUCUCGUGCUAAAGAUCCGUAGCGUUGGCAUGAUCCCAGUCAAAGAUAAUCCCAAUGACCCUGUAACAUGGCACAUGGUACAGCAACAACAGCAGCAGUUGCAGUUCGGCGACGCGGUUACUAAUGAAAUUCGAAUUAGAGUGGUCCUCGGCGAGAAAGGCAGGCUUGGUUGUGGCGUAUGCAGGGGUUUGGUACCUGGUCUCACGGUGCAGGGCACGCGAGAAGGUGGCCCAGCACGAGCGGCAGGUUUGAAAGCUGGCGACGUAAUCACGUGGUGCAACGGUCAAAGUUUGACGGAUUUGCCGUUUGAACGUGCAAUAGAGUCGAUGCGUAGCGCGCAAGUGCUCGAUCUGCUCGUCAAUCGACCGAUCGUACCAUCGCCAAACGCACAAUCAACGGCUAAUCAUGUUUACGACUGUCCCGAAGCACUUUGGAUGCGUGGUUCUAGUGGUUAUGACUCGGAAAAUUCCAGCCUUGUUGGAUCGCCACAACAUCGCCCGACUAACGCGUGCAAUCGAAAUUUGAGGAACUGCUGUCCACCGAGUAUUAACGCUGCGGGUCCAUCGGAUUGGGGCCAUGUCGAACAGUCACAAGAAUGGAUGCGCAAAGUCAACAAUACAACGGUCAUCCGAAUAGGCCAACAACAACAGCAACAACAGCAACAAUAUCAAGCACGUCGAGGUCCACCACCACCAUUACGACGAAAUGGUUACGACGACGAUGAACCAAUUUAUGAUCCAGUGGCACCCCGCGACUACGAGUGUCACGAUUUCGAUGCAAAUCCACGCGACGAACUUGAUCGCCGAGCCGAAUAUAGGCGAGAACAUGGCAUUCGCGAGGUUGUCUUCGAAGACGUUUUCGUUAAGGAAAACGGCCAAACAACAGACGGCGGUAGCGUUGUGUUGAACGGCAGCAAACCAACGCAACAGCAAUUACAACAGCAGCAGCAACAAACUCAGCAGCAACCAGAACGGAAAACCGUAACGUCGGUGGAGGUACAUCAGCCAAGUCCACCAGCACCACCUUCGAUGCCCUAUAAAUGGCCCACUGAAUCCAAACCAAUGAACGCAAUGGGUAUGCAAAUGGGCAGUACGAUAUCGAUGGGAAGUACAGGCUCGACAGAAACGGAAUCGUCGCUCGAAUCGUCAUGCGGCGGCAAAGACAAUGCGUCGACAAGUUCAGCGUCGUCCUCGUGCGAACCGCCACUGGUAAUACAACAACCAUCAAGUUUUGCCACAUCGAUCGCAGCUGCUUGCGCGCAAGGCGCCGGGGUUAAAGUUCAAGAGCGAGGGAAAGCUGUUAAGGUGCCGCCACCGCCGCCACCGCCACCCAUUGAUCUGGGCUCGGCUAUUACACAAGAGUUGCAAAGGCGAAAACAGCGGAAUAUAAACAAUGGUGGUGGGGUUCAAGAAUCUGAGAAAACGGAGACAAUCCGUAAGCAACCGCAAAACCCUGAGGCUCUACGAGCUCAGGAACAAAAAGUUACGCACGACAAGCUCAUGGAAGAAUUCAAACGCGCUCAUCAGAGGAUGUUCAGUAAUGCUCAACAGCGUAACCAGUCCAACGAGCAAAAUAGCAGCGAACAGCAUCGAAAGGACAAAAGUUCAGCUCCGCCUACGAUUCCGAAAAAACCAGCGAGCCUCGUCACUGCCAACAACAAGAACAACAACAACAACAAUAAAAAGAUAGACGAAGCGGUUGAGAUGCAAAGUAUUGAAUCAUUCAAAUUGAAGGAACCAACAACUUCGACACAAGUGCCAAAGCCCCCAAAAACCUAUUUCCCGUCCCCAUCGAAACCUCAUUCGACGUUGAAAAAAGUUGCCGUUCGUAUCGGCACGUACAGUGAUGUCGAAUCCCGGCAACCAUCCAAACUUGGCUUUCUUAAAACGAACAACAACGGCGUCGGUAGACCCGCGUCGAGGCUUCAUAGCGAGCUUGCUGCCACGCUCCUCAGAUCGAAUCUUAGGGGGGAAAGCGAAAACGCCAACAGCACGGAAGAAGCCAACAACAAGACAAACAGUCAAGAGAACAACGUCGAGAAAUUGGCAAACAGCCUCAACAACAAAGUCACAAUCCGAGUAAAUCCCGAAGCAAACGGCACAACUCGAUAAAGCAUCGUUUUCGCGCACCGAGAGAAAGAGACAGAGACGACGAAAUUAUAAAGAAGUACGUGAGUUAUAUAGUCGGGAGCUAUAUAAAACAAAAAAGCGAAGAAGAAAUCGACUCGAUUGUUGCAGUAUUGACAUAAAUAUUAUAAGAGUAAAUAAACUAUAUUGAUAGAAAAUAAAUAUAUAAUGAUACUUUCUACGAAGACUAGCGAGACAGUAAGCACUGCUUCUCUGUUUUUGUUGUCGAAGACUAAAAAAAAAAUGUUCUCUUCCAAUUGUGAACGAAGACUGGCUCUCUUUAUAACGCGUUUCAUUAAGUGCAAUUUGAUGUAUGUAAAUUUUUUGUUUAUACACCCAACGGCUUUUAGUUUGCUAGAAAUGAAAAACAAUAAUUCUACUCUUCGUAAAGAGCAUCUUACAUAAUGUAAUAUAUACAUCAACUGUAUGACUAAUCUGUAGAAAGUACGUUAUAAUAACGAUAACUGUAAAAGGAACUUCGGAGCUUCUGUCUCGUAAAUUCUGCGCGUGCUGGAAAACGAUGGCCCCCUCUGACAAUUUGUGCUUUAUCGGCUGAGUGCAGACUCAUUUUUGUUCAGUUAUCACGUAGCUUGCAAGUUGUUAAAGAGACUUUAUAAACGUCGACCUUGUUGCCAUAUAUUAGGAAAUAUUAAUAAAUGGUUAACUUGCUUUGUUUAUUCAUAUACAAUACAACGAAUCAACGUUUAUACUCAGCCGUUAAACUCGUCCUGUCAAUUUUCGCAAAGUCAAACAAUCACGAACUUUUAUUUAUAUUUUAUUUGCCAGGUAUAAGCAUCUUCCAAUUGAUAUAUUGUACUCGUCGAAGUGCUUCCUUCAAAACUGUGUUUUAAGGAAUUUCACGAGCGCGCGCAUGAAAGUAAACGUAAUCGUAGAGACUUUCUUGUACGAUUUGAUAUGUACGCGGAAUUUUUGUACAUUUUUUUCAAAAGGGACACGAGCUCGUUUUCUAUAAAUUAUAUUUGGCGAAAAAAUACUGCCAAACUGGUUCAAGACUUUUUUAGAGAAAUGAAAAAAUAAAUCUUUUGAUAUACAUUAUAUAUAUAUAUAUAUAUCUUACACUCCCCAAAUGUAUUAUACAAUAUGCGUCUUUUUAUAUUAUUUAUUAACAUAACAAACUUCGAAACUUUUUAUAAGUAUACUAUGCGUAAUCGUAUAGGGAUAGACAGCAAAAAGAUCAUCAUCGAGCGACUUUCUUGUUCCAUUUUUCUCUCCGUCGUAUUCAAAAUGUUUAUGAUAACGGAUUUAUUGAGAGCACAGACAUACACAAACAUACUCACACUUUGCAAAGCAUUAUUAUAACCCCGAUAAAAAACUGAAAAAAUCAUCUACGAUUUCUAAUGUUGCAGACGAAAAUAAAAUCACUAAGCACUAAUACAUACGUAUUUGUUUUAUUAUAAUUCCAAACCUGAUUUUACGUAAAUUAUAUUUCACAAUAAACACUUACGAAUUCGAAAAUAUUAGAUAUUUUUAAGUGGAAACGGUGUCUUCACUCGUACAAUUAUUAUUUCCUCACUCUCGA